AGGCAGCAGAGGCAGCAGAGGCUGCGGCGAGGCUCGAGGGCGCUGCCGUGUCGGGCUCUCCGGGUUCCUGGUCCGAAUUCCGCAGCCAUGAAUAAAUGGAGAGCGACAGAGUGACGGUGCGAGAGGGGCGUGUCUUGUGCGCGCGCACGGACACGGUGACGGACACGGAGUGAUCCACCCGUGUGGAACAUCGCGACGGCGCGCCGCAGAGCAGAGGUCCGAGCACGACCAGGAGCAGGAGCAGGAGCAGCAGGAGCCUCGAGGAGCAGCGGCGCUCCGCUCCGACAUCAACAACACAGACAGCGACACCAUCACCACCACCAUCAUCAUCAUCAUCAUCAUCAUCAUGUCGAACCGCAAGCAGCUCGACGGCCAGGAGGUGUGCGCGCGCCGGGUGCGGGAGCUCGCGCAGUCCCCCGUCAACAGGCAGUGCUUCGAGUGCGGACAGCCCGGGGUCACGUACACGGACAUCACCGUGGGCUGCUUCGUGUGCACCUCCUGCUCGGGCCUGCUGAGAGGACUGAACCCCCCCCACAGAGUCAAGUCCAUCUCCAUGACAACCUUCACCCAACAGGAAGUGGAGUUUCUGCAAAGCCGUGGCAACGAGGUGGGGAAGAAGACGUGGCUCUGCUCGUUCGACCCCAAGACGGACGGUUGCUUUGAUGCGCGAGACGCUCCAAGGCUGAAGGAGUUCCUGCAGGACAAGUAUGAGAAGAAGAAGUGGCAUUUUUCUAAGAACAAGAGCUGGAAGGAGACUGAGGGGCCCUUCAGUGUCGGGGGGCAGGGCCUGCUGUCCCCCCCAUCGCAGCCCUCUGGUCAGCCCACUUCUCACCCGCUGUCCACCUGUGCCCGGCCCACUCGCACACUGUCCCAGUCUCAGCUGUCCUCCUGGGACAGAGUGCCUGCUGUUUCGCCAGCAGACCUGCGCACCGAUGCCUUCACCGCACGCCCGUCCCGCUCGCUGAGUGUGCGAGACCCCCCUGGGAAAGAUGCAGUGCUGAGCUCGAUGGAGAGGCAGCGUCCAGGAACCAACUCGCCUGGAAGGGGAAGCCAAAGCCAGGCCCCGCCCUUUCCGGCCCUGCCCCGCCCCUCAGGUCGAACCGCUUCGUCGUCGGGGGGGUCCGCUCCGUUCAAAGCCAUGGCCAAGUCCCUGAGUGUGGACUUUGGGGGCCUGAGUCAGCAUUCGGGGCCCAGCGUGACCCUGGCGGCGCCGGGGACGCAAGACCGAUACGCAGCCCUGUCGCAGCUGGACAGCGUCUUCUCCGACUCCGGCUCACCUGGGACAGUGCCCCCGAGUGGUGUGCCCCACGGCCGCAGCGCGCUGUUGAGCAGCAGGUCUUCCUCCGGCUCGACGCCUCCUGCUAGCUCCCCUGGCCUCACGAACACGAUCUCCAGCCCCAAAGUGUUUCCCAGUUUCCCCAAUCCCUUCAGCGGCAGCGUCGUCGGCUCCCAGUCCUCCUUGUCUCCCGGCAACCCUUUCAGCGGCCCGCUGGCCGGUGACUCCGGUAAGACCGCCGCCUUCUCCAGCAUCUUGCCCCAGUCGGCGAGCUUCCCCGUACCCAGCUCCCAGAAUGCAUUUCCUCCACCGCUGGAUAAUAUCCAGGAAGCUAACGGUUUCGCCUCGUUUUCCGCACCAAAGUCGUCCCCGUCGUCCAACCGGCCCGUGUCCGUCAACCCGUUCACUGGGAGUGUGUAUCCCAGCAGAGUGACGUCUCGGAACCCGUUCAUCUGAUCCCACCACUUUGUGUUCCAGUGCCGCUACCACCAUACUAGCACUUUGACCAUGCGUUCUGCAACUGUGUGUGUGUGUGUGUGUCUGUGUGUGAGAGAGAGUGUGAGAUGCUUCACAUGCAACAGGGCUUGCUGAGUGUUUUGGCUUCAGCUGUACGGCGCAGCACAACUGUCAUCCCUGCACUGCCACAUGACCCACAAUGCACUUGGGGCGCUUCACACCUGCCGCACGUGCUGGGCCAGCUCAGCGGGACAGGUUGCUGAACUUAGAGUAAAAGCAGCAUCUUUACAGUUAUUCCACACUGCAUUGGACCGAAGUGUGUCGUUAUUACUCACCGCUACUACCGUGUGUGUGUGUGUUUGUGUGUCGCGCGUGUCCUCGCCUUGUUCUCCACGCAAUAAAGUUCCGUGUUUCCUGGGGACACAGCGACAGUGACUCUCUCUCCGCUCCGCUUCUCUGCUUUUUCGCCUCAAACAGCCCGGUACUUUACGGUAACCGUGCGGAUGAUCCGUCGCCGGCGGCGCGCGGUAAGAAGAGCGCGCGAGCGGCAGGGGGCGCGACGGGAGCGCGAGGCCCCGUAAGCACUUGGAACAGGAGGGUAAUUGUUCCGCGUUCGGUGCGCGGCGCCAAAUCACCGGACUGACAUGCAGCGCAAGUGUUUUCAGAUGUGUGGCGAACGGGCCGAGCGCGCGCGCGCGCGCACACAGAGCGUAUGAGACAGACAACGUGAGCGUCGCACAUCAAAGCGGCUCAGUUGUUGUGACGUCACAGUUUCCCCCCAAACACACAGUAAAUAACAGAGGA